AUGACAGUAAAAGCUCUUUUUUGGAAUAUUAGAUCAGUGAACACACAAAAUGCUUUUCAUAGAGUGCAAAUGUUAAACAGACAUCACAAGUUUGAUAUAAUUGCACUUAUGGAACCAUUUCAGGAUGCUAGGCAUAUUCAAAGAUACAAAAGGAGGUUGGGGAUGAGCUAUGUGAAUUAUAAUAAUAAUGGCCAGAUUUGGGUUUUUGUCAAAGAACACAUACAUGUGGGAAUUAUUUCUGACACUGAGCAGCAACUCUCCUUACAACUUACUUUAGAGGAUGGAAAUCAAGUGAUCACAACAGUGGUAUAUGCUAAAUGUAAUGCUAAUGAAAGAUUAAGACUUUGGGAUGAGAUUUAUUCCCUUAGUUACAAUUUUUCAUUACCUUGGAUUAUGGGUGGAGACUUCAAUGUAAUUAUGGGGGUAGAGGAAAAGAUUGGAGGCUUACCUGUUGAAGACUUUGCCUUUUGUAUUAAUUCUUGUGAUCUGUCUGAUGUUAAGUUUUCUGGGAGUCCUUUUACUUGGUGGAAUGGCAGAGUAAAUGGUGAUUGUAUUUUCAAAAGGCUGGAUAGGGUGGUGGUGAACCAAAAGUUUUCUGAUUUAUAUGGUGACACCAAUCUGCAGCAUCUAACCAGAACAGGGUCUAACCAUGCUCCUUUGUAUUUAUCUUGUGGGAAUAGCAAUCAGAAAAUUGUUAAACCCUUCAAGUUCCUGAAAUUCUGGACAGAAAGUGAAGACUUUAAAGAUGUGGUACUACAAAAUUGGGUUUCUGAUGAUGUGGAUGAUAUAUUUAUACAACUCAAGCUGAAGCAGAAAAGUACUAAGUUGGCAUUGUCAAAGUGGAGCAAGGAGAAGUUUGGAGACAUUUUCAAUCAAUUGGCUAUAAGAGAGGAAAUUGUGAAGAUUAAAGAAAAGUUUUUUGAAGAAUGUCCAUCUGCAGAGAAUAGAGUNAUUUGGAAAAUAAUGCUUAGCACCAAGUGGAUAUGGAAAAUGAGGUAG